UCAUGCGCGUAAAUUUGAUGUUCAAAUUUCCGCGCUGAACUAAAUUCAUCAUAAUUUUUUCCGCCUUCUCUUUAUUUUUUUCUUUUCGAAAUAUAAGAAAUUAUUAUUAUUAUUUGCUGUUAACAAAAUGUUCUAACUAUUUUUCUUUUUAAAAUCCUUUGGAUAAGUUGAAUAGAAAAAUUAAACAAAAUUGCUCUCUUGAUUCACGUAGACUGAAAUCCGAAGAUUUAUUAUCUACGUUUUAUCUUGAUCCCGGCGAACUCGUGUACCGCGGGUGAUUUUGUGUGAUAACAUCUGGCGUGGUCUAGUUAUUCUCAUUAAUACAUUGCGGUAAUUUAUCAACGCUGUGUUAUAAAUAUUUUGUAAAAUUAUGGCUCUGAAUAGUUUCUUUAACAGAGUUUCUCAUUCUAGAAAUAUACAGAGAUUGGUUCCAGUUUUAACAUGUGCAAGAAAUGUAUCCUCGGAUAAUACGGAUCUUAAAAGUGUUAUGGCUAAAUGCAUUAUAGAACAUCAAAAAAAAGUAAAAGAAUUUAGAGAAGUAUAUGGAAGUAAAGUAAUUGGUGAAAUUACAAUAGAUCAAGUUUAUGGAGGUAUGAGAGGUAUGAAAAGUCUAGUUACUGAAACUUCUCAUCUUGAUCCUGAAGAUGGUAUUGAAUUUAGGGAUUUUACAAUCCCUCAAAUUAAAAAGUUAUUACCUAAAGCUCCUGGUGGAGAACAGCCACUACCAGAAGGAUUAUUUUGGCUACUUUUAACUGAAGAUAUUCCUACUCCAGAACAAGUGAAAUCAAUAUCAAGACAAUGGGCAGGAAUGGCUGAUCUGCCUCCUCAUGUGGUGACCAUGUUAAAUAAUUUUCCUGCUCAUAUGCAUCCUAUGUCUCAGUUUAGCUCUGCUAUUACUGCAUGCCAGACUGAGAGUAAAUUCUUAAAAGCUUAUUCUGAAGGAGUUUCAAAAGCUAGUCUGUGGGAAUAUGUUUUUGAUGAUGCCAUGGAAAUGAUUGCAAAACUGCCUACCAUGGCCGCUACUAUCUAUAAAACUAUGUAUCGUGAUGGAUCUCCUGUUUGUCCAAUAGAUAUGGAAAAAGAUUGGUCUUAUAAUUUUACUUCCAUGUUAGGAUAUGACAAUCCUGAUUUCACUGAGCUUAUGCGACUAUAUUUGACAAUUCAUAGUGACCAUGAAGGUGGCAAUGUAAGUGCUCAUACCACCCAUCUUGUUGGUAGUGCUUUAUCCGAUCCAUAUUUAUCUUUUGCUGCUGGUAUAAAUGGUCUUGCUGGCCCUUUGCAUGGCUUAGCUAAUCAGGAAGUUCUUGUCUGGUUAACUAAACUUCAAAAAGAACUGGAAGAUGACUUCAGCGAAGAAAGAAUUCGGGAAUUCAUAUGGAAAACCUUAAAGAGUGGACAGGUGGUACCUGGUUAUGGUCAUGCAGUUUUAAGAAGAACUGACCCUCGUUAUAUUGUUCAAAGAGAAUUUGCUUUAAAACAUCUACCUCAUGAUCCCAUGUUUAAACUUGUUUCACAGUUGUAUAAAAUAGUUCCUCAAAUUCUUUUAGAGCAAGGAAAAGUCAAGAACCCUUAUCCUAAUGUUGAUGCUCACAGUGGUAUUUUGUUACAGUACUAUGGAAUGACCGAAAUGCAAUAUUACACAGUUUUGUUUGGAGUAUCAAGAGCUUUGGGAACUAUGGCAUCUUUGAUUUGGGACCGUGCUCUUGGACUGCCAAUUGAAAGGCCAAAAUCUAUGACCACAAAUGGUCUCAUGAAAGUUGUUGGUGCAAUAUAAAAUAAAUCUUUUUAUUAUUAUUAAGGUCAAUUUUCCACUUCCUUUUUAUAUUCAAGAUUUUUUAAUUCUUGAAAUCAAAUCUCAAAUAAGUUGUAUAACAUUUAUGCAAAUUAUUUUUACUUUGUAAAUGCAAUGUGCAAUAAUUAUUUUUAGAUUGAUUUGUGCAUUAAAAUUUUUAAAAGUGUAUUAUAAAUUCUACUAGUUGAAGUAAUUUAAACUGUAAUUACAAUUUGUAUAUUUAAUAAAUAAAUAAUACACUUUUAUGCUCAACAUAAGAAAAGUUCCUAUUAAAUGGUUAAUGUUAUCUAGAAAAGCUGUACUUGAAACAAAUAUUCUUAUAAAUCCAUGUUUUUUUUUUUUUAAGAACUUGUGCAAUUUUUAAGCUUAUAUAUAGUACUUAAUGAAUAUUUCUUAUAAAAUUUUCAAUCUUAUACUCCAAUAUUUCAAUAUACUUUUAUGUAAUUUAUCCAAGAUGGAAUUUAAGCUGUUGGUGCUGUCUUUAUUUUGUGGACCAAACUGUUGAAAAUCUCUAUUAACAUGUAAUAUAAGAAUUUUGUGACCUUUAAUAGAUAUAUAUUUUUAUACAUCUUUCUUUUGUUAUAAUAAAUUUGUUACUUUAUGUCUUGAGAAAAAAUAUUAUUAUCAAUUAAACACUUAAGUAUUUGAUA